AUGGUAAAGAAAACCGAUGACGAUGACGAAAAAUUUCAGGCAAGAAAACGAGAUGUGAUUCAGGAACAUGAAAACUUCAAAAGAAAAUCUCCACAAGAACAUUUUGACAUCACAGCACGUGAUCCACAGUCUAUAGAAACUGAGCGGCAAAAAAUGAUUGGUCAACUACAUAAUUAUAUAAAAGGAGAAUUGUACGUUAAUAUUAUUAAAGAAAUCAUUAUAUAUACAGAUAAACUUACAGGUGAAAACUAUGAAUUAUUGGAUGUACCUGGUUUUGAUUCACCAAUUAAGGAACAUCGUGAUGCUGGGCUACAUGCAAUCGCCAUGGCUGAUGCAUUCCUUUUUCUCACCAGUGGUCAAUCACCAAGUUUAACUCAACCACAAAUGAAUCUCUUGCAUGAAAUUCAAUCAUAUCAUUAUGAAGCUAUGCAACGCGCUUUUGGCAUUAUAACGAAAUUGGACUUGUGUCAAACAUCAGCAAUCUAUCAAGAUCAUUAUGAGAAAGCUAAAGGUGAACUGGUCGAUAAACAUUUCAAUCCUGAACAGAUUUUUUCUGCAUGUCCACGCAUUGAACUCUUGGAAAGUAAUUCUGAAGAAUAUCAAGUUAUAAAUGAAAAGAUUCGUAGUUUUGGAGAUCUACGAGAGGGCUUUAAAAAAAGUAAAGAAGCACUGAAUGUAUUUAUUCAAUAUGAAUUACAAAAAACACAUAUGAAGCAGCUGAUUGAUUUAGAAUUAUUACCAGAUAAUUUAGCUGUUAUGUCAAUUGACGAAUAUAUAAAAGUACAGAAUACUGAAAAUUGGGAUCAGUAUUAUUAUGAUGAACGUUUCAAUCCAACAUUUGCAAAAGCCAAUGAUUGGCAUACCACAACAAUAACACAAAAUCGAUCAGAAUUCAUUGAAAAUGCUAAGAAAAUAUUUCAUGAUCGCUUUCUUGAAUUGACAGAGGAAUUCAUGCAAUCGAAACAUCCCAUUGCACAAAUUAUGUCUCAAACUUACGGCUAUACAAAAUUACAAUUAAAUUCCCACCUGCCUGAUAAUGAACAACGUGAAAAAUUAUCAUUUCAAUUGGAGAAAAUUGUUGAUAAAACAUCAAACGAUUUAGCGGAAUACUUCUAUCAUCAUUACGUUUGCCAACUGGAAGAUAUUCUAAAUGAGAUAUCACCUGAAGAAAAAGAUUUAUAUCGGACACGUUUAUCAUUAGAAAAAUGUAAAUACGAAACCCAGACUUUAAUCCUACGUGUUUCUCGUCCAGUAAUUAUGGCAACUCUUAGAUAUUCACACUUAGACCUAAGUUGUAAACGUGAAGCCAUUAGUGAGUUGAUACAUAUUGCGCCAAUAGUAGCAUACAGAAUAGCGAAUGCCGAAGAGGAAGAUAAUGAUGGAAGACUUGUUACAGAAAUUCCAAAAUUAGCUAAACUAACGGUGGCUGGUGGAAAUGAAAUGGUAUCGAAACUUCUGAAAGCACUUUUUCAAUUAUAG